AGCACAGUGCCUGUACAGUGCAAUCAACACACUAGUCCGGGAUAGCUAUGGCAAGAGCCGUGAUCGUAGGUAGGAUGAUUUUCGUGGGGGGUGUCGCGACGAAGUUAUUUUAAGAAUUAUUUCUGACGGUUUAUUAGGUGCGGGUAUUGCCGGCUCGACGGUGGCCCUGUUGCUCAAAAGGUUUACGAAUAUCAAGCCAGUGCUGUACGAAAGAGCGCCUUCGUUCAAACAUAUCGGUGCGGGAUUAACACUGGCUCCAAAUGGGCUUGCCCCACUUGAUCAGUAUGUAAUGCAUGGUCUCGAAGAAAAAAAAUACUUUAUCCGGUCUCACACGGAACCAACAGAUUAGGGCUCCUCCCGAAGCUCAGGGGAAUAAGCCAGCCUGUGAACGGUCUAAACAUAUACUCCGGCCCGAACCGAAGGCCCGUAACCCACCAGUCGAAUGAUUGGUACCAGGGUCUCUACAGAUAUCCCCUUCUUUCCUUUGAAAGAGCGAAUCUUCAGGAUCUCCUUGUUUCUGAACUCCAUCGCAAUUGCGUAGAGGUUAACUUCGGCCAUAAAUGCAUUGGCGUUAUCGACCACCACAAUAAUGAGCCUGCAGUGGUGCAGUUCGGAAGUGGACUUGAGGUUGAAGGCGAUAUCGUGAUUGGGGCUGAUGGGGGAAAUUCGCUACUUCGUUCCCUCACGAUACCUAAGAGUCGUGGGGAAGGUGUCGGAGUGGAAUACACAGGUUGGACAACCUUGUAUGGCGUCACAAAACCGUUGGAUCAGGCGCCCACAAUGGAUCAGAUAAGGAUCGUCGGUGGAAUCGGCAAGGUCUAUGGGGCGUGGCCGCUCCGAGAGAAACGGCAGUUUUGGUUCAUUUCUCUCAAAGAGCCGUUUCCGGGAAAAUGGCCUAGUGAAGCAAGUCUUCAGGAGUCAUUGGAUAAGGAGUGCCAGGGAUUAUGGUUUCCUGAAAAUUACGGUGACACUGAUACGUUCAUGGGCGACAUCAUUGAGAAAAGCGUGCGAGUGGUCAAAGUUCCAUUGAUGAGUGGAUAUUGGGACGCAACUAACUACGGAAGGAUUGUGUUGAUUGGGGAUGGUAAGUGGAUCCAUAUCUUUUCUAGAAUUAGGAUUGGCUGAUCAGGGUCCCGGUGGCGAAGCCGCUCAUUCAAUGGUACCCUUUCUCGCACAAGGUGCUUGCCAGGCAAUAGAAGAUGCAGUAUCGUUGACUAAUGUUUUACGCCCCCUCUCCUCGCCACUCAGAAUGGAGGAAUUGAUAUCUGCUUUGGAUCACCACAGCACCACGCGGCGGCCACGGGUGGAGAGGGUUAUCAAAGAUGCCAGGUUUGCAGGGAAGGUCAACAUUGACCUCUCAAAGAGUGUUAUAGUGAGGAAGCUUCUCACUUUUGGCAUGAGCCGUAUGAGCAGCGAGAGGAUGGCCAAAAGGGGAGAAUGGCUUUAUGCUCCGCAGAACCUGCAGCUCAUUAAAGAGACGCAUACCGCCUUAAUGUGA